UAUAUUAUUUUACAAAUACUAUUGUUCGAAAUAUUAUUUAACUUUAAAAAGCAAAAAGAAAUAAAAGUGAGAAAGGAAAAGAGAAACUAUUUAUAUUGAAUAAAUGAAAUUAUUAAAGAGCGGAGAGAAGCUAACCCCGAAGAUGACACAAGGUUCUUCUAUAUGGUACAAGGAUAGGUUAAGUUGCAAGAGCUGAAGAAACGUGAAUUUUACACCAGCUAAGGAAACAAGAGGGUCCGAACUGUUAAAGAAUUUUUCUUUGUUUCUAAAGCAUAUUGUUACUUAUGAACAAAAGAAAUAAAGUCCCCAAAGGAUCUUCUUCUUCUUGUCAACAGGAUGACUGUCAAACUCGAAGUAGAGGAAGAAGUUGAUGUUGACGGUGACAGUUAACUACCAGUUGAAAUUAUGAAUGAUGAAGCCCCUAAAGUCAUGGGCAAAGCAACGAGUGUGGAAGACAUGACUUCUUUCUUGAUUCAUUUUUGCAUUUGGUGGACACGCUUGGGGUUAGCGUCAAUUUGGAAGCCAUCACUGAACGGCAUUAAUGCUUUCAUGAGUGAACUGCCAAAGGAAGAAGUUGAGUUUCUAGGGAAUUUUGGAUUGCCAUAUAGCUUUGUAAAGAUUGGGCCCAUAAUAUUCUUUCAAUUGACGGAAAUCAAAGAAUGGGCUGUAAGAUUGAACCCUGAUUUGUUAACCAUUCGAGUCAGUUUAUCUAGUAGAGAGGCAAAAGAAAAGUUAGGGAGAAAAGUGGUGGGAAAAGAAAAGUUAAGAAAAACAAUGAAGAAAAGCCAUUCAAGAACCUUCAUCUCUGCACCAACAUUACAAACAGAACUCAUAUUGCCUCAUUUAAAAAAACUAGAAUAGCAUAGUUUAAUGAUUUCAAACCCAUUGAGUGUAAUUAGCUUUCUUUAUAAGAUAAGUGCCAAAGUUCUGAGUGCCUAAUGAAGAUGGUGCCUUUUUUCCUAUUCGCUCUUUAUUUACAUUUUGGAUGCUAUUCUUACAGCUUAUGAAUUAUGAAAAAAAUAGGAGAAUGAAAAUCUGUGAAAAAGCUACGACAAGGAGGUUUGGUCCUAUCUCAACUCAAUUCUUGAGUUUUAAGUCAUUUGGACAUUGGUGGGCUUGUAGAUUUCGAACAUCUCUUGACUAUAAAUCUCUCUAUUAUUUUUAACAGAAAACUACGAGGCAGUCUUUGCUAGGAGAGGUUUUUGACAAGGAUCCUUUCCCUUAUCAUGUUUUUGACCAAAUUUUUCAUGAAGGAAAAUGAGAAAAUACAUAAUGAUGCAAAAGAACAACUCAUCAAAAGGAGUUAACCAAAAGCUAAACUAAGAUUAUUUUUUAUUUUAUAAAAAGGUUCCAAUCCAGAGACGCUGUGAAGAUAAUUAAAUAUGUCUUUAGAAAGAGAUGCCUAAAGUGAGGCAUUAAACAUAGCACUAGACCAGAGUUUUUCCCAAGAUUUGUCAACACUUAUUCUCAGGUCCAAUUCCGUACAACAAAGGCAGCAUGUGGAUGACAAAGGACUCGAUCCUUCACAAAAAUGGAAGGUUAUCCCAUUAUUUAGAUGAACCUAAGGAUGGUCAGAGCUCGUGGAAUACUUUCUUACCGAUUAGAGAGGUCCCCUCGGCUUGUAGGUUUCAUUUGGUGUGCAUUACUAACCCAUGACUUCUUCCGUCCACGAUUAUUCUGAUAAUGGUGAGGCUGAUGAGCAGCGAAAGUACUCUGAAUCUCAGAAUCAUUCUUCAUCAGUUAUAAAUGGACUAAAUCAACCAACCCCAAAUCAGUAUGUAGCAUCUCCCCAAGUUGGGGCAGGACAUUCUAUGGUACCCCCUGCUUAUCCAUAUCCAGAUCCUUAUUACAGAAGCAUCUUCACUCCCUAUGAUGCUCAACCAUAUCCUCCACAGCCCUAUGGUGGGCAACCUAUGGUUCAUCUUCAAUUAAUGGGAAUUCAGCAAGCUGGGGUUCCUUUGCCAACAGAUGCAGUUGAGGAGCCUGUUUUUGUCAAUGCUAAACAGUAUCAUGGCAUUUUACGACGCAGACAGUCCCGUGCAAAAGCUGAAUCAGAAAAUAAAGCUCUAAAGUCUAGGAAGCCAUACUUGCAUGAAUCUCGACAUCUACACGCGUUGAGGAGAGCUAGAGGUUGUGGUGGACGGUUUCUCAAAUCAAAUAAAAACGAAAAUCAUCAAAAUGAGGUGGCAUCAGGUGAUAAAUCACAGCCAAAUAUAAAUCUGAAUUCUGACAGAAGUGAUCUUGCUUCUUCAGAGAACUGAUGUCUCAGGCAUUGUUGGUGAAUGGUGAACAGCGCAUCUCGACAAUUGUAAGGAAAUUGAGGUCUCAAUACCAGCUUCAGUUGUCUUAGUAUUACUUCAUCCUUGGUCUAUACUAGCAGCAUUAUAGCAUAUAGGUUUUGGUAGCAUGUUGCUUAGGGAGGAUCCAAAAUGUAGCAAGCAAAAGUAUGCAAGUUUUAGUACCAUCGUAAAUACUGAAGUGAGUUAGCCCGAUUGUUCUGUUUGAGUGGCGGUUGCAUUAGGUUUGCAAAUAUUAGAUUCACUGUUUUGUAGUAUUAGUUGCUAUUUACGUUGCUCCCCACCUCAAAAAUAAGUUCAGUGGUUGAAUCGAAAUGAUGGAACUAGUAUUGUAACAUAUUGGUCCUAGCAGUAUUUUUCUUAUUUUAUUUUCUCUGUUUUUAAAUGACAGUGUGUACUAUCUUUUGCUGAGAAAAAGGUAAACAUUUUUCCUUGGCCA